AACCAGAGCACCCAAGAACUCCACCAGAGAAGAAGCAGUAUAAAAAUCUGUUUUCCACAAAAUUUUUCGUGCAUAAGGGGGUUAAGAAUCUACCACCCUUAGCCAAAGAAAUAUAAACACUCAGCAAAAAUACCAAUACUGCCUCUGCUCUCUCCCCAACAAAAUAAAGGGGUUCUUUUUGGUUUUUGGAGUCGUAUAUGCGCACAACCAAUUCAAAACAAUUUACCAAAAGAAAAAGAAACAAACCUCUCGAGUAGUAUAGUGCACUUCCGAAACUCAUAAAAAAAUUCCAUCACUAGUUCGAAAACGACGGUUCUUGAGACUACUAGUAUUGUGAAAAUAACGGACGGUCGUUCGGAGUACAUUCAGUAUAAAGCAUAUAAGUAAAAUACAAAUAGUAUAAUCCUUCUUUUUGUGUUGUUGUGAAAAAGUUCAAAUCGGGUUUUGAGCUUCGUUUUCUUUUUGGAACGCAAGCGAAUUUCCAAAAUUUGGUGUGUUGAAAUUGUGGGUAAAGAGAAUCGGCCACAAAUUCCUAAUUGGAAUAUUAUCGAAAAGUUAAACGAAUACGACGGAUUUUAUGGAAAAAAAAGUGCUUGACGAAAAGAAAAAAUAAGAAAUAAGCAAAAAUAGGAAAUCCCUUGCCAUUCACCAUACAUACACAAACAAAUAAAAAUAUACAAUUGCAAAAUGAAGUGUUUACUUUUAAUAAUAACGGUAUUUCUGGUGGUGUUGAUGUCAUCAUCUUUGGGUGUUGAAGCUAAAAAGAAAAAAUACGAAGGAAGCGAUUUUGAAUUCAUUGAUGAGGUAAACAGAAAUUCACAAUCGUCACAGAAGACGACAACAGAUAGGAAGAAAUGGAUACAUGAUCCCACAAGUGAUUUGUGUCGGCCACUUAACUGCAAAAAGAGGGAAAUUUGUCUGCUCGAAGAUGAAUACAGUGCCGUCUGUGUGUCAAAGAAGGAACUACACAAAAACAGAGAUGAAAUAAUUUCCAAGGCCAAAUAUCUUGAGGAGGAAGCCAAACGUAAAGUGAAUCAAGAAGACGACGAGGAUAAGAGCACCAGCUCCGAAGAGGAUUCCAAAGAGGAUGAUGUCUUUUAUGAAACCGAUCCAAGUGACAAGGAUGAAGAGUACGAUGAAAAUUGUAAGCCCUGUCCCGUCGCAAAGCCGACUUUCCUGUGUGGCGCCGACAAUAGGACCUAUUCAUCCUUAUGCAGAUUAGAUUACCACAACUGCAUCCACUCCACAUCGAUCCGGAUAGCUUGUAAAGGAUUCUGUCCCUGCAAGGAUCCUUCUGAUAGCAAACGACUGCAACGAGUCGGAGAACGGCAGAGUGCCUUCAAUGCCAAAUAUAAGAAAACUCUCGAACAGUAUAAGGACGCUAAUAACAUGCUCAAGGAUGAGAAGGACGACAACAAUCGGCACUAUAAUCAUAUUAAUUCGCAAUUUACUUUCACUCCUGAGGAAAUCAAGUACGAUAACAAACACUACAAAUAUCUCAAGUACACUGCCUACAAGAAGGACAAUCAAUUCCAGGAUGACAAACAUAAAAUUCGAGGCUACAAUGAGGUGGUAGAGAAGCCACAAAAAUACGCCAAGACCAGCAUCACCAACAACGGUUAUCCAUCAAAAUCGGUAGAAUGCAAGCCACAGCAAUUAACAGCGAUUGGCAACCGCCUUUUGGAUUGGUUCUCCGUCAUAAUGGCCGACAGCAAGAAACGUCGUCAGCACAAUCAGAAGUCCAAAGCGCACUUCCCACCCGCAUGCAAAACCGAAGCCAAAUGGAUGUUCGGACAUUUGGAUUUGAACAAUGACGGCUUCCUGUCCCUGCAGGAAAUGUACGAUUUGGAACAUGACCAGAAUGAACGUUGCAUUAAGCCAUUUAUUGACACAUGCGACCUGGACCAAGAUAGCACGAUUAAUACGCGCGAAUGGUGCCGAUGCUUUGAGAAGACAGAUCGUCCUUGCGCCGCGGUUAGACGAAGAAUCGCUGGCGACUUUGCAGGUGAGAUAGGAGCCUAUGCACCUGAUUGCGACGUUCAAGGAUUCUAUAAGCCAACGCAAUGUCACAAUUCGGUCGGUGUGUGCUGGUGUGUCGACAAACAUGGAGUGGAGUUUGCAAAUACCCGCACCCGGGGAAAACCAAAUUGCGAAAAUGUCCUUAACAAUGCCUCAUCAUUGACAUCAGACGAUGAAGACGAAGAAACUGAUGAUGAUGAUAGUGCGGAAGGUAGUGCUGAUCAAAUGUUAGUUUUCUAAGCUCGUAAAUAUUUUUUAUUAUAUUAUAAUUAAUAUUUCUACGAAGACAUCAUAAUCAACAUCUUUCGUAUAAAAAUGCUAAAACCAAAAGAAACAACAUCAGCAAAAUAAUAAAACAAACUUAAUAAAACAAAAUGUCAUGUUGCUCCCAUUAAACAUUAAAAUAGAUAAAUCAGACAUUUCCCAAAAACCAAAAAAAUGACAUCAACAUUUUAAAAAACAACAAAAAUAAAUUAGAUACAAAAUCCCAAGUAAACACAACAUUUUUACUAAAAAAAAAAAACAGAAAAAAACAUUUUUCAAAAAGAAAGCAACGGAUUUUGGCAAACUAGAUAAAAUAGUAAAUAAGAAACUUAAAAUGAAAUAAAAAAUAAGUAAAAUGAAUUUUUAUAAUUUCACAUUAAAUUGCUUAAAUCAGGAGAAAAUAUUCUUCUUUCACCAAAAUCAAAUCAGCGCGAUGAAAUCAUUGAAAAUUAAAAAAAAAACAUCUUCUUCUACUCGUAUGUUAAUUUUAAAAAUAUAAAACAAAACUUAAAUUUAAAAAGAAAAUUUAAAACAAAAAUCAUUAAUUAGUGUAAAUCUUAAAACAAUUAUUAUCAUUGUUAUAAUUAAAACAUUUUUUUCUCAUUAUAUUCAAAAUAUAAUUUAAAAAAAAAAAACAUUUUUUGCAACGAGAAUUAGGCAACAUGAUAUUUGUAUAGAAAUAUUAUAUUUUUUAACAAAAUCACUAAAAUCAUCAUUAGCAAAAACUUAAAUCGAAAUGACUUAUUUUUAAAAUUCAAAAAAACAAUUUAUUAAAAACAAAAUUGUAUCUUGUGUAUUGCGCGCAUAACUUUUAUUAAGGCUUUUUAUGUCUUAUGUCUUUCUUAUGCAUAAAAUUAAGAAAAUAAAUUUUUUUGGUAAGUGAACAAGAAAUGAAUUGUAGGAGAAAAAAGAAAGAAAUUGAUAUUAUUAUUAUACUCUUUUACCUACAUUUAAAAUUAUUAUGUACUUACUCAUGCAUUAAUUAUACAAAAGCAAAUUUUAAAAUUGCGCGUUUUAUAUUAUUAUUUUAUUUAUGAAGCAAGCUAAUAUUCCGCCCAAUAUAUAGAUGAAAACAAAAAAUUUAAAAAAAGCAAAAUGAAUGAAAAUUAAAAAUUAUUGUGAUAAGUUUAAAAUUAUUAAAAUUUAAUUGUAAUUUUUAAUAAUUGUGUUAUUACAAUAAAAUAUUUGUUUUUAGUUAUGUUUUUAAUUAUUUUUAAAAAUAAUUGGAAGAAUUAAGUGUGAGUGUAUAAGUGUUUUUCUUGCAUGACCCUUAGUCAAUUUUACAGCAAAAGCUUUUGCAUCUUCUCUUGUAUUAACUACAAUCAAAUCCAUCAGACUCGAACUCGUACACUUAACGAAACUCGUUGAAAGUCAUAGCUCCUGCUCCAAAAUGAUACUUAAACAGAUUUGUAAGUAGGGACAUUUCUUAAGUCUGCUACAGAUAGUGUCCCAAAUUUUUUAAGCGAGCUCUAGACACUGCAAUCAUGUUCCAGUUGAUUUUCAACUUCUGCGAGUAUUGCACGAAUGCCAACUUUGUAGUUAAAGUACACCAAUAUCAAAAGAAGCUUGAUAGUUUUCUAUGCUCGAAGGCAGAACAAAGUUAGAGUCUCAGGCGAACAGUUAACUCGUUAAUUUACACUAUCCUUUCGUUUCUAUGAAGCUGUUAAACGCAGUAGAAAAACAACGAUCGUGAAAAGUAACGAAUGCAACAUUACAAAACUAUUUCGAGCAAAUUGGUCAACUGGUUUACUCGAAUAAUUAAAUUAAGUUUUCCAGUUCAGUUGACAAUAUUGACUGUAGCCAGUUUUAAAAAGCUUUUGAAACUAUCAAGUGUUGUUGUCAAAGUCAAUUCCACACUAUUUUUUCAUUGUCAUAUCGAGUCAGUUUACCUUAGUUUAUCUGACAAUGAAACUAAUAGAUUUUUAGGACAACAUCUGGCAAUAUUGUAAGAAGAUAGCUGAUCUGACAACAUUCGACUACUCCCAAUAACGAUUACAAAAAGUAACGAAUUCAAUGAAUGCAAAUCAAAUUGGAGCUAAUUAUUCUCUCUGGCUGUUCGAGUGUCAAACAUCUGCUCACAUUUUGUUAUUGACAGUAUUGAUGUCAUUUUCAAUCAUUUUAAAGUGACGUCUGAAACUGUCAUGUAUCGUUGUUUAUGAUAUCUGACAGUUGCUGAUUCGCGGAUGCAAAAUUAAAUCAGCUUUGUUUUUGGAAAUAGAUUGUUAGACUUUUGGGACAAAAUGUGUUAACUGCAUACACAGAUUGGCACUGUCAGCUCAUUGAAAGCAGUGCACCGACUGAUCUGAAAAUAUUCUAAGAUCUGACAUUCGAAACUCCUUUGACAAGUCUUUCUUCUGUAUCAAACAUGAACCGACUUUAUUCAAUUGUAAACUUCAAGGUGAAGGUCGUCUUUGGGUUAAGCCCCUAUAAGAUGAUGAAUAGUUGAUUGUCAAUUUGUUGAUAUUCACUUGUUCCCUCCCUACCUUUCUAGAGCUAUCGUCAAUCAAUCCAUUUGGACAGUUUCUAAAUCAAUUUUUUGAGAAUUUUCCAAGACAGAUUGACAGAACAGGUAAAUGAAAUGUAAACAUACUUUACUUUUCAUUCUCACCUAACAAUCAAAUAAGCUUAGAUUUCUUGAAAAUGUUUGAAAAAUCGCACCAUACAAUUUCUGUUCUCAGAUUUCUGACAGCAAAAGUGUGGAAUUUUGGUAAAAUUUUUAAGAAUACGGUAAUCUCUAAGAUCUAAGAAACAUAAACUUGUUAAUUUAUAGACCAUACUCCCCUGGUAUAUGUCAUUUCUCCAGCGUAAACAAGAGGAAUCCCACUUGGUAUUUUACCACAGAAUGCCAAAAAAAAUCAUCAAGAUGUGAUUUAAUAGCAGCUCCAGUCAUUUACAUGUUACAUGAGGUUGAAACCUAAAAAUCUUCCUCUCUUUUAUGUGUGGUGAAAAAUAUGUUCAUGUGAGGUGAAUAAAUCAAACGUCAUUUACGUUCUGUAAAGUAGAGCACAGCAUGUGGAUCCUUGAGGGACUCCUAAUUAAUUGCUCCUCUUUGUGAUUUUUUUGCUGUCUAGCUAUUGAAAACAGUUUCAGUUUAGAAAUGGUAAAGAACUGCCAUUAGAGAAAGUGAUUUUAUAAAUUUUUCCAACGUUAACUCGAUCACUGCUAAACGCUGAAGUGAAAACCAGAUCUUAUUAUGAUGUUUCCCGCAGUAUCAAUCCUUCCACUUUUUUGUAGUAUUGAUGCUUUUGUAGGAACUUCAUGGAAGUACAGGGUGGUUCAAGGGAAUAGAACAACAAAUAGAUGGAUUUUUCUUAACGUAGGCUGAGUGUAACUAAGUCAGAAAAGUCUCAUUGCAUCCGUUAGGUAAUACCAUGAAGCAGUGUAGUGUCCUUUACCGUGUGUUCGUGUACAAAAGUACAGCGUGUGGAAGUACAGCUCACAUGCAGAAUUAAUAUUAACAUUGGCAGUCACGGUGCGGUUCCCGAUCAGAAAAAUCGGAUAUGCUGCAAUUUAUGAGUGAUGAAGCGCAUUUUCAUCUCCACGGUUUUGUUAAUAACCAAAUUUCCGUAAUUUUGAGGCAGGCAAUUCGUUACAUUGACAUGCUUAAUAAGUUUUUAAAACCAGCAUAGAAGAAACAAAUUGUCAUCUCGUCAAAUGUCAGAUGGCGCAAAAUGGAGCACCUCCUUACGUGUUGUAGCGAUGGCAACAAUGAAUUUUGUACCCGAGAUGUUUCCCGGCCGCCUCAUUUCACGUUUUAGAGAUAUGCAUUGGCCUCCUAGAGCACCUGACUUCACGGUGUACGAUUUUAUGCUUUGGGGUUAUCUGAAGUCACGUGUUUACGAGACAAAACCACGUACACUAGACAAACUUUAAGAUGCAACAAAAAAAGACAUAACAUUGAUAGACAAAAAAUUGCUUGAAUUCGCUCACCCAAAUUUGUGGGACCAACUUUAUUCAUGCUACAAAUAAAAUGGACGUCAUAUGAUUGAUGUUCUUUUCAAAACUUAGAAUGGCGUUUAUUUAAAGUACCCGUGGCAUUAUGGUUAGUGCGACGGACUGUCAUGCGAGAGGCCUUGGGUUCAAUCCCUGCCAAUGCCACCUUAAGUUUUUUUCACGGGUACUGCCUCUUUCGAGGAAUUGACAAAUUUUCGAAGAGUAAUUCUUGUCAUGAAAAAUGCUUUCUCAAAUUUGCCUUUCAGAUUCGGCUUAAAACUGUUGGUCCCUACCAUCCCCUGUUGUCAGGGAAGGUAGGGACACAGGAAUGGUUGAGAGUUGUCAGUCACAAGGCCCUAGUUCUCAAACGGACAGUUGCGCCACCCAAUUUUGUCUAUAAUGGCGUUUAUUUGUGUAUGAUAAAAUAAUUGUAAGUCUUAAACGUCAUGUAUUUGUUUUUGUUCCUAUGCAUGUGAAACACCCUGUAUUCGUUGAAAAUAGUUAAAGUCAUACAAAGCUAAUUGCUAAUAAAAUUUACUUCACGUAAAAUUAUAUGUUCUUCUAAACUUAAAUGGGUCCAAACAGCUGAGUCGUCUGAAGUGCUGUCAAAGUAGGAAUAUGUGAAAAACGUUAACAGCGCCAACAUUUUCUCUAAAGUAACUACUAUUUGACAUUUCCAUGGGCUUGUUUAUUCCUUAUGGAAUACUUUUAUUACAGAGUGUGUAAUCUUGGAGACUUAUUAUCCGGACUUUAUACUUAACAGCAACAGCUUGUAAACUUUCUGUUUAAAGUCGUUUGAUUGGUCGACAUAAUUUGUCGUAGUGUCAGGCAAAGAUGACUUUGACAGUUGUGAACUAUGACAUUAUUAGUGGUUGAUUACCUCUUCGAUAGGAAAAAUGCAUUUAAUAUGAUUGUUUUUAAUCCCCACCAGCAAUUUUUUAUAAUAUGAAAAAUGUUGAUAUUCUCAAAAAUAAAAAACUCAUACUUAAAAAUUUUAAAAAUGAAUAAAAUAUAAUUUAUUUAUUCCCAACUAAAUUUUAGUUUUAUAAAACUAAAAAAUCAUUGUGUGUGCAAUGCAAGAAAAAGAGAUAUAAAAAUUAAGAAAUUAAAACUGAUCAAAAUGAAAACAUUUAAACAAAAAUACCAUGUAGUUUAAAUAAACAAAAAAAAACCAUAACAACACAUUAGUUAAGUGCAGUAAAAGAAGAAUAAUCGUGCUUACACAAAUUAUAAAAGAAAUCAUAAUGAAAUCAAUUAAUAGCAUUAGCUAUAUCGCUACCUUAAGACAAAAUUUAUUAAUAAUAUGCAAAACUAAAAUUUAAAACAAAAAAGAAAAAAAAACAAAAUUAAAUACAUAAAUGUAAUUAAGCACUUUUAAAAAACAAAAUAAGAAACAAAAAUUAAGCUUUGAUAACUUAAACAACAACAAGAAAAGAAAAUAUUUAAAAUAAAAUAAACAAAAUUGUGUAAAAUGCGAACAACAAAAAAAAAUGAUUUUUAUAAAAAAGAAUAACAAAAAAAAACCUAAAAUAUUUAUAGACAUAUAGUUUACGUGUAUAAAACAAAAAUAUAUUUAACAAAAACAAAAGUGAAGUAAAAACAAAAGAAAACAAAUGCAAUUUGAUGUUAUUUAUGUUAAAGUAAACUACAACAAAAAUUAAAAAUAUAAUUAAAAAUGAAAAACAAUUGCAAACAAAAAAACAACAACAUUAUCCUAUCCCUCCAUUAUAAGCAUACAUUUAUUUUAAAAUUUUAAAUUUAAUAAUAUUUCGUCCUUAGUUUUAAAACAAAAAAAUCAGAAUAUAAAUUUAAACAAGAUAGUAAACAAAAAUGAUAAAUGAGUUAUUUAAGAAAUAAAUAAAUUAAUAUGAAUCGAUUUAUGUUUAACAUAACAACAACUAUUUAUUAAUAUUAUUAAUUAUUUAUACUCGUACCUAUAUUUAUAAUUGACACAUACAUAAACACACACACACAAACUAACACUUAUACAAAACAUUCAAAAAUACAUACAUACUUACAGGAACAAAAAUACCACACACAUGGAUACUCGUAAUCAAAGAUUUUGAAGUAAAACUAAUUAAAAACAAAAAUUAUGAUGAAUUAUGAUGAUUGUGUUUUGAUUAAGUUGUUUAUAAUAUGAUGUUUAUUUAUUGAAAUAAAUAAAAGUCAUACAAUAAA